UUCCUCUUUAAAAAAAAUUUGGAAAUGCUGCUUCUUGGUUAAAUUUUGCAAACGAGUGUAUCAGGCAUCGAAUAAACGUCGUUAUGAAAUGCUAUACUCCGCUUAGCUCGUGAGGUCCGUUUUUAUUGUUGACUAAAAUAUUAAUGUCAUCAUGAGAAAAGAAUGAUCAUAUAUGGUGAUAUCCCUUUGCUCUAUUCCUUGCAAACCGUCUUCCUUCCAACUCGUUGUCCACAAGGUAUCCUAACUAAACAGUGAGUCAAAAGGGGUUGUUGGGUUGAUCAACUUCAACUUAAUAUUUAGAGGUCUUUUUAAAUGUCCGUUUAGAUACUUAGAAUAAACAUGCGAGCGAGUUCCGAGGACCUUUGUUUUUUUUUCCAAAACGUUCCCUUCAUAUAUGAUCUUAACUUGUCCAAGCUUUCUCUAUUGGGUGACUUUAUUAUUCCAUUUUUGCAAGCGAAUCACCUUUAACUUAAGUCCUCGAUUGUUGUCUUUUUUUGAUACGUACCUCAUUUCAGGAAUAGAUCAUCUUCUUGCAACGGUUUUCAGAGGUCGCUCUUUCCUUUAACUUGUUGGCUUAUUUCGAAAGCGUUAAUUGCUGUCUUAAGUUGAAUUUCCGCCGAAGUUCCAUUCUGAGGUCAUUUUGGCUCCUACUCGUGUUCCUUAUUUAGUCAGCUCGUCGAGACAUCGUUCAUGAUCCUCUUCUGAGUUAACAUUGGCAGUAAUAACGUGUUCUUUUUUUUUUUGAUGGCUCGGUGAAAUGUUUCUAAGAUUUCCAUUUAGCAAUGACAGUGGUGUUCGUGAUCCUUCCCCGGCCCCCGUGUCCUGUAUCCACCCCAUCCUAAAUGGCGUGUUCGCGGUAGUCUCAGUCGUUUGCGCUUGGUAACCUCCCCAAGUGAGGGCAGACAUGCGAAAACCGCGUGAUACCAUCGCGAAGGCCACGAUUACGUGACAUUUGUGUCUUUAAUUGAAUACCAAUCGAUCUAUGUAGACAGAUUGAGUAAAGGAUAAUCGGGGGUAAAUCUCGCAUCUCUCUCUACGUUACUGAGCGACAAUGCGAUUCAAUGACUUAGUCGCCGGCUGUGUUAUGGUCAUUUACAUUUUGAUUGUUGUGGAAUGGUCGGGUGCUUUGGAGAUCCGAGUUUCAACCGCCACCGGACAUGAUAACAAAUCUUGUCUACUUUCGAGCGCCUCGGGACCUUGUAAAACGGUCGGAUUUGCUCUAAAUGCCAUGGAGGAUGAAGAGAACCACAAUCAAACAUUCUUUAUUUUUCGGAUCGAAGAUCACAUUUACUCUUUGGACAAACGGAUCAACAUCAGUCAAACCAACCCAAGGAGAGGUAUUGUUCUGCAAUCAAGUCACGCAAAUGGAUCCAUUAUUAGAUGCACAGAUGUCUCUGCUGGAUUUGAUAUCGGAUCUCGAGUUACUCAAAUCAGACAAGACAAGACAAGAAAUAUCAGCAUAGAAAACCUCAAAUUUCAACAAUGUGGCCCUCGCUUCGCCGCUACUGUCCUCAUAUGGAAUUCUGUGAAAAUAAACUUCAGGAAUUGUGUAUUUGAACAUAACAAACAGGCUGGGAUAAACGCCUUUGAUAGCGAGGUUACUAUAGAAAGUUGUAUUUUCCAAAAUAACACUUCAAAUGGACGUAAUUCCAGCGAGAAGUUUAAAGAAGGGUUUACCUCGGCCGGUGGUGCAGCAGGAUUUCUGUUUCGAACUUCAGUUUCUCUUUCUGUGGUAAUAACAAAUUCAACUUUCACCUUCAACUCGGCCGUGACGAAUGAUUCAGUAUCGUAUAUUGCACCUUCAUCAAAUGUCUCGCACUUCACUGCAGGAGGUGGGGGUCUUCUAGUUGUGUUCUUGAAGAAGACUGAACACUGUCGUGCUGUGAUAGAAGACUCUAAGUUUUCGAACAACUCGGCAACGUAUGGAGGGGGAUUUUACUUUGCCGACUCUAACUCGGCGUCGAAAAACAACUUGUCGAUAAUUGGCUCGCAUUUUGUGAGAAACAGAGCCGGACAAACCGGAGGGGGGCUGAUAUUCUCCCAAUGGGACAAUGCGUCUAGCAUCACAAGUGUCAUCAGAAACUGCACCGUGAAAGAAAAUAAGGCGAGGAGAGGAGCAGGGGUUAAUGUUUUUCUCAUGAACUAUGAUGACAAACCGAACGACUCCGUGUUGAGGUUUGAUAAUGUGGUGUUUAGUGACAAUAAGGGCGAUGCCAGUACAGCGAUUCGCUUCACCACUGCGCUUCCGUAUGGAAGCACUAUGGAUGUUACCCCCGAGUUUAUAAACUGCAAGUUUGAGAAUCACAAUAUGUCGAGUAUUGCACGUACUAGUCCGUUCACAAGUCAAAGGGUGAACGUAAGGUUUCAGGGAAGCAACAUUUUUCAGCGCAACUAUGGUGGAGGCGCAGGAAGUUUUCAGGAUUGCGUUUUACAUGUGGAGGGACAGCUGGUUUUUGCUAACAACACGGGGUCCCAUGGAGGAGCGUUGUUCCUGCAAUCUAGUCAAAUGAUACUUUACCCCGGAAGUGAACUCAUGUUCUUAGGAAACAAAGCCAAUGGAAUCGGCGGCGCGAUACUUGUAUGGGAAAACAUCAUGAGCGAGUUUAUACACGAGUUUAAUCCUAACUGUUUCCUGGCUUAUAGUGACUAUCACCUGCCCCCAUCGAAAUGGAAGACCAACGUAUCCUUUAUCGAGAAUAGCAGCAGGAUAAAAGGAGCAGCUAUUUAUAUCUCCUCUCUUCAAAGAUGCGUGUGGAUUGAAGAGGCUCCGUACCACGAUCCGCAGAAAGCUCUCCGCUGGUCUAGUAAUAUUUUGUACAGAAAUAACUCGCUUGUUUUCGACGGUGUCCCACACGUCUUCAGUGGAACUGAGUAUGAUAUUGCCACAGACACAAAAAAUUACAAUUCGACUUUGGGAGAUAAUUCUACUGUGAAGCUCGCUCCAGGUCAAAAGUUUCCUUUGAAUCUGCAAGGGGUUGAUGAACUUGGACACAGUGUGUAUACGACUGCUUUUGUGGCUGAAGAAGGCAGCUCUGACAACACAUCAAAAUUGAUGCUCAGUAAUGUACUGUACGUGCUCUCGCCUAACAAAUCAAGUACUGUAUCGUUUUCGUUCAAUGCCCCUGAGACAGUUUACAACGAAGCACAAAGCAGAGGUGAAAAGAAUAGGCGAAGGAUUCAGUUUGUGGAUAUCUUUUCUACCUUACCAAAUGGAUAUUCCUUUGAAAUGGAGCUUCAAAUGUGUCCGCCUGGAUUUAAUUUCAACAAGGACACUAAAGCGUGCGAAUGUGAUAGGAAACUUCCUGGCAUUUCGAGAUGCGAGAAUGGACAUACUGUUUAUUUGAAAGAGGGAUACUGGGCGAAUGUAACUGAAAAUGGUACCCUGGUUACCUACUACUGUCCAUACAAGUAUUGCAAGUGUUCACAUGUCGGCGAACUACCUGGAUGUUUAUUCGAUCCAGCCAACAGUAUUGCUCAAUGCGCAAAGAACCGCGAAGGCUGGCUGUGUGGUAAAUGCUCUGGAAAUACUAGCGUGGGGUUAAGAUGGAACGAGUGCGUCGAUUGUCCCUAUCCAGGAUGGGUAUUGGGCGUGGUUAUACCUCUUGUCAUGGCCUUGUGUGUUCUCAUCAUUUGGCUCAAUCCCGGUAUAUCUAGCGAGUUAAGAGGACCUCUGUACUUCUUCCAAGUUCUCCCUUGCAUAUUCGACCCCACCAGCCAAUUUGGGAGUCACAUCUUCCUUUUAGCGGAUUUAUUCAACUUUGGAGGGCCGUUAGUCUAUCUGACGAAGACAUGUAUUGUAAGAGAAAUUAAUAAUCUGUACUCAAUUGCCUUUGGGUACUUGGUUCCUUUUCUGGCUCUGUUGAUAUUCCUGUUUGCUUAUCUAUUGAGCAUUAACUAUUGCCUCAGGUUUAAAUUUCGCCAACGUUCGAUGCUCAAAUCUUUUUGGCUUCUUGUUGUGUUCAUCUACAACUAUUGUGUCGAGACGUCGUUUCUGAUCUUGUUUUGUCCAAAAGUUGGUGACAGUCACGUAUUCUUCUAUGAUGGAACCGUGGAAUGUUUCUAUGAUGACCAUUUGCCAAUGGCAAUCCUCGCUAUCCUCGUGCUUGUGUUCCUUGUGAUCCCCCCACCGAUCAUGGUUUUUCUUCUGACCAAUGGGUAUUGGAGGGUGGAUCCUCAAUACCUGAAUACACUGACAAGCGGUCUGCGCCCUGAGCGCCGUUGGUGGUGGUCAGUGGAUUUGUGUCGAAGAGUUCUCGUGGUUGGUACUUACGCGUUCGUCCCAAACUGGCAAACAAAGAAGAUUCUUAUGAUUUUGAUGUGCGUCUUGAUCUUGGCCGUCCACAGUAACUUUCAACCUUACUUGAAACCUCGUGUUAACUUUACAGAGUCUGUCUAUUUACUGGUUCUGGCCACUCUAGCUAUUAUGCAAAUUGUUGAAGGUGAAAUGGCUAGGUACGGCGUGUCCUUAGGUUUAGUGUUCACGGUGGCACUUCAUGCACUUGUGGUAACUGUUUAUAAGGGUGUGCGAUUCUUUCGUAAGCGUUUCGAGAUCGCUUGUGCAAGAAGGGGACUUGAAUCAAAUACAAUACACAGAGACUAUGACCAGCUGGAGGACACAGAGAUCGAUCAGAACAGUUUGGACGCAGAGAGAGAAAGACAGAGGAACAUUAUGGACACGAUAUUUAACUCCCCCUCUGAAGGCGCAGAUCAUGAUUCAGAUUAAAGACGCUUAAAGAAAGUUCAUGGACCUUGCAAGGGUUGUCUGAUGUUUGCGCACUAAUCAGGAGGACCGAGCUGAAAUUAUCUUCACGUUAUCUAAGGGAACGGUCAUUAUCCACCCCCUGGGGGUGGGGGGGGGGGGAGUUUGGAUCGGAGGAUUUUGGUUGUGUCAGAGUAAAAAUUUACCUGAUCCCCAAUCCCCUUCCAUGAGGCUCUGAAAUGUUCAUAUGAUGGCAAUGAAUUGUCAGUCAAUUUUUUAUAGUCCUCCCUUUCUCUUCUAUUCACAACGACUGAUUUUCCCUUUAUUCCCCUUGAAAACCAUGUGAUCUCCCUAAAAAAUCGUCCGACCCCUCCCUCCCAGGAAACAAAUAAUGAUGGUCCCUAAUUUGAAAGGCUAACCAGAAUAUGAUUCUCAACUUUUCAUGGGUGGGGAUUUAUAUCCCCCGUUUGCAACUGACGCCUGAAAUGAGGGUUUCAUGGAUUUUGUUUUGACCGUUGGCGAUUACUCUAGUUAGCCUUAUUAAGAACUUUGAGUAGGUGAAGUAAAAACUGUUCAAAAGAAUUAAAAUAUUUGCCCUUAGGGCUGUUGCACUAAUUUUCUGUCAUACUUUCAGUUCUUUUCGACAUUUCAAAUGUACUAAAGUAAUGAAGCUGGGUAAAUUUUAUGGAUAAAGUACGAUGUGAGGCUUUCAUAGCAUAGAUGUAAAUGUCAUAGAUGUUACAGAAUGCAAUGAGUUUUGGUCAAGUCCUAGAGUGUGAGAACGAUCCAUAACGUAAAACGAUACGAAAGAAGAUCGAUGAUCCCACUAGAUCCAUUGACACAAUGUCACUGGGCGACACUGAAUAUCAAUCAGGCAUCUCAUCUCAAUUUACUUAGCGUUAGAAGUUAACUUGAAUAAAAGCAUAAGUUGUAUUUUAUUCACUCGCAUCUGAAAACGAAUAAUUACCUCCUCUUCAGGGUAAAGUAUUUCUCACACGCUCAAUUUUAACCCCCCGUGAUCGGAAUAUCAAUUCUCUGUUCUGACUCUUACACGAAUUAAGUUAUGUAAUAUACUUUGACCUUUACUUAAAACUCCGGAUGAUAAUUAACCCUUUACACCCUAACAUCAGUAUACACAUUCUCCAUACUGAUCUUUACGUUUCCUUACGUGCUGGUAAGGAGAAUUUGUUCAACAAUCAAGGGCUUCUUAAGUUGGUGAUCAUUUCCUUUAUUCUUAUGACCUUAAUGUGUGAUUCUGUGCUGAUAAUGUAAUGAGAAAUUUGAUGCUGGUCACUUUUAGGGGGCAAGGGGUUAAAGGAAUAAUACCCUAACCAUGUCGGAUCAGUAUCAGUAUCUUGGCAACUACCCACCUACCCCUCCCCUAACCCAACAACAGUCAAUUGAUAACAAGUUAGGGCGAAUGUUGGGUUAGGGGAGGGGUAGGUGCGCUGUUGCCCAGAUACUGAUAUUGAUCCCCCAUGACUAUGUUUAACAAACUACUUAAAACAAAGAGAACGGAAAAACUUUUUGAUGACUUCA